AUGGACGCCACCCCGGAGAGGCUCCUCCUCCUCCACGGCGAUCUGGACCUCCACAUCCGCGAGGCCCGCGACCUCCCCAACAUGGACAUGUUCACCGAGCGCAUCCGCCGCUGCCUCGGCGCCUGCGGCCUCUCCCUCCCCACCCGCCGCCGCACCGAUCGCGAAGAAGAGUUCAGGACGGGCAAGAAGACGAGUCCCCACUUCCCCCUCCAACCCAAACCCAAGGCCAUCACCAGCGACCCCUACGUCAAAGUCAUCCUCGCCAGAGACACCCUCGCCCGCACCCGCGUGAUCCCCAACUCCCUGGAACCCCACUGGAACGAGCACUUCAAGCUAUUCCUCGCGCACCGCGCCGGCCACAUCGAGUUCGAGGUCAAGGACAGCGACGUCUUCGGCGCCCAGCUCAUCGGCACCGCCACCGUCCCCGCCGACCGCAUCGCCUCCGGCCAACUGAUCGACGAUUGGUUCCCGGUGAUCGCCCCCUCCGGGCGGCCGCCGAGGCCGGCUUCGGCACUCCGCGUCUCGAUGAGUUUCACGCCCGUGGAGGAGAAUCCGGCGUACCGGAACGGCAUCCCGGGGGAUCCCGAGAAGAGAGGGGUCCGGGACACGUACUUCCCCUUGAGGAAGGGAGGGAUGCUGACGCUUUACCAGGAUGCCCAUGUCCGGCGAGGGGAGCUCCCGGACGACAUCGAAUUGGAGGGCGGGACGGUGUUUCGGCAUAACAAGUGCUGGGAGGAUAUAUGCGAAGCGAUACUGGAGGCGCACCAUUUGAUUUACAUAGCGGGGUGGUCCAUCUACCACAAGGUGAAGCUGGUGAGGGAACGGUCGCUGAGGAUCCCGGCCAUGUCCGAGGCGCUCACAUUGGGGGAGCUGCUCAAGUACAAGUCGGAGGAGGGGGUUCGGGUGUGCUUGUUGGUGUGGGAUGAUAGGACUUCCCACGACAAGCUCUUCUUCAAGACGAUGGAGAGAAGGAAGAACUUAUCAGUUGAGGCGUGA